AUGAACGACUCAACUGUUAAUAUUCUUAGUUUAUCCGAUGAGAUAUUGCUUGUUAUUUACAAUAAACUGAAUAACAUGGAUGUACUAUAUUCACUCAUAGGUGCCAAUCGAAAACUCGAUAGAUUGGCUCGGGAUGUUACUUUUGCACAAUCUGUUGAUUUAUUAACAAUAUUAUUAAACGAAAGUAAUGAUUCAAGGAAUAAAUCAAUACUCGAUCGAUUUUGUUAUGAUAUAUUACCUCAAAUUCAACACAAUAUUGAAUCUCUUACUCUUGAUUCAUUAUUAAUAGAUCACGUUUUUCGUAUUGGAAAUUAUUCUAAACUCUAUAAGCUUAAUUUUUUUAAUCUUCAAUUUGAAAUGGCGUCUCGUAUAUUCAAUGACAAUUCAUCAUUUAUUCACAUCUUUCAAAAUCAAAUUUCGCAUUUUACUGUGACCAUACACGAUGACAGCAAAGGUGCACAUAGAAAAGAAUUAUGGACAAAUGUUUUCACCAAUAUUUUAAUUAUAUUUACAAAUUUGAUUUAUCUCAAUUUCCAUUCACAAAAUAUUUGUCGGUUUAUAUCAAAACCUUUUCUUAGUUUACCAUCAACAACAUGUUAUUCAUCAAAUAUUGUUUAUUUGAAUAUUGGAGUCUUUAGUUUUGACGAUUGUCUUUGUUUAAUUGAUGGGCAUCUUACUCAAUUACAUACGUUUAUUGUCAAGGUUGAACACAUUAAUAAUACAUCAAUGACUAUAAAAAAUCCGGUAAAAUAUUAA